CGCUGAAGGGGAGUGUCCCCGAGUGAGAGAGCAUUCUCUAGCUGGCCCGCCCGGUGUCAACGCCAUGAACAACAAGUUCGAUGCUUUAAAAGAUGAUGACAGUGGUGAUCAAGAUCAAAAUGAGGAUACCCACACACAGAAAGAGAAUGAGAAGGAAAAGGGAGACAAGGAGAAGACCCCAAACAGUACCAAACGAAAGGCAGUGGUCCCUGGUCCAGGAGAACACCCACUACAGUACAACUAUACAUUCUGGUAUUCCAGACGUACACCAGGGCGACCAACCAGCUCUCAGAGUUAUGAACAGAAUGUUAAACAGAUUGGAACAUUUGCAUCUGUUGAACAGUUCUGGAGGUUUUAUAGUCAUUUAGUUCGACCUGGUGAUCUCACAGGGCAUAGUGAUUUUCACCUGUUCAAGGAUGGCAUUAAGCCAAUGUGGGAGGAUGAAGCUAAUAAGAACGGUGGAAAGUGGAUAAUCCGUUUGCGAAAAGGACUGGCAUCACGUUGCUGGGAGAACUUGAUUUUGGCAAUGCUGGGUGAACAGUUCAUGGUUGGUGAGGAGAUAUGUGGAGCUGUUGUUUCAGUUCGAUUUCAGGAAGACAUUAUCUCAAUAUGGAAUAAAACAGCCAGCGAUCAAGCAACUACUGCUCGCAUACGAGACACAUUACGACGUGUCCUGAACUUACCACCUAAUACUAUCAUGGAAUACAAGACACACACUGACAGUAUCAAAGACAAUUCCAGCUUUCGAAAUACGAAAAUCACCUUAUGAAAACUUCAUUGCACUCCAUUUGUUUAGUUGGAAUCUAUGUCCUGCUUCAUUCCAGAGGAACACUACAUUUUUUAAAACAAAGUUGGAAUGGGCUGAUGUUCAAUGUCAAUCCCAAUCAGGAUGUCUUUACUUCAGGAAAGAAUUACUCUGCCAUUGGUCCUAUUAGUUGUUCUGACCUAAUCAGACUUUUAUUUUUGUUUUUUAAGUCAUUGAUUCUGUUGUGCUCAUGUCUUCCAUUUCAAAAAUGUUCUGGAUGCUUCUGUUUUGAAAUAUGUGAAUAUUGUAAAUGUCUAUGUUUCUGGAUAUUAAGUAUUACACAUGGAGAAAAUGGCUGGAAUUUAAUGACCUCCCUUCUUGUGUAUUUUGGGGGUAGGGCAUUUAAUCAGGUGGAUGGGUAGUGAGUGGGGACCCUGUUGCCUUCCUGCCUCCUCCCAUAUUAAGUCCAUGAUGAGAAGGCAAUGCCCAAUUACAGACUCCAUCACCUCUGCUGGUAUUAACCCAGAAGCAGAUGGAAGGCUAGCCAUGUAUUCAAAGAUUGUCCAUGCCAAUAUUGAGGGAUCAUGCAUGAAGAAAGGAGUAGUAUGAGAAGAACUAAUACUAAAGCCCUGGAUGGAUGCUAUAUCUUUAGCAACCACUGCUUUUAGUGCUAGAGUGCAAUAUAGUUACUGGUCUCUGACCAUCUUGCAGAGAACAGAACUUUCAUCCCUAGGGUAUCUUGUUAUGGUAAAGGCCUGUUAGGAUUCAGUAAAGAGCCUGAGUCGCACCUAAUUCAUACAACCUUCUUUGAAAAAAGGCUCCAUUGAGCUCUCUCUGGCUGUCUAGCUGGCAGGCAAGAUUCCUUUCACCUCUAAAGAUCACCCAAUGAAUCUGCUUGCUGGCUGUGUAUAUAAAUUAUUGGUUCACCUGACUUGAUGCAUUUUCAUUUCAUUCUCUGAUCUUUCUAAUUUAUUUUCUCUACUUUUUAAAAAACAUUUAUCCUCUUUUGUUCUUUUGCUUUUAUGGAGUAUUGCUACAUCUGGUAAACAGUCUUUUAUUUGAAGAUGUAAAUG